AUGAGAUGUAUUUGGCAGCCCUGCCGAUGCUCCGACGUUCCGAACGGCCACCAAGACACAAAAAUUAUCUCUAUCAAUGUUUUUUCCGAACCUUCUUGGAUAAUUCACGAAUUUCAGAACUAUUUUUUUUAUCGUAUUUGCUUAAAAUACCGUAACUGUUAUCAAUAUUCAAAAUGAUGCGAAUUAGUUCUCGGUUGCCUAACUGCAUCCAUAUACAGUUUCGUCAUCUUCCUUUCAAACCGAACAAUGUCACACAGCGCUUAGCUUCACAAUAUCCCCCUAAACAAAAGAAAUCGCGCCUUGGACUUUACACCUUUGGUACUAUCCUACUGGCAAGUGGUGGUGCUGUAGUUUAUGCCAAAUAUGAUGAUGACUUUCGCAAACAAGUUGCUGAUUAUGUUCCCUAUGCAGAUGAUGGGAUCAAAAUAAUUUUCCAAGAGGAAAAAACAAUAACAGACACACUUUCAUCAGCCUUGGGGUUAGGUCCCGAAGCAGCAACAGACCAACGGGCACCUGACUUAACUUCUCAAAAUGUUAAAAACACACCCUCACCUCCACAACCACCUCCUCCUCCCAAAAAGAAAGAAGAUAAGCCAGCAGAAAAGCCAUCCUCUGGGCCAAUCCUUCGAACUGUUGUGCCACUGGAAGAGCUCCAAGUCAUUGAAAAGAUAAUGGCGGAUUCUGCUGUUCAGUUGUCAAAAUCAUAUAAAGUAAUUGGAAAACUGUUAAAAGAGGAGUUAAUCAUUUUAUCUGACAUUAUUGACAAAAGCUCAGAUCGUCUCAAUCCUGAUCUCUCCUCAAUCAUCCAGGAGAGAACGAAUAAAUUGAGCCAAGCAUUAGCUCAGGAAGAAGCAAGAGUGAAAACUACACUAGACAAAGUGAAUGAGCUAAGGCUAAAAGUUGGAAGCAGUAGAUUAGAAGGACCCCGAGACCUUGUUGAACUUAGUAAGAGAAGAAUAGAUCAAUCUGCUGCUGCCAUGAAAGAGACAGCAGCCCUUGUUGAAGACCGAAAUCUGAAGGUUCUUGCUGAGCGCACAUGGGAAAAAUUAGAAACAUCUCGGAAAGCCUUUGUGGAAGAACUUCAUAUACUUUUCCCUUCCCUUGAUGUUCCAAAAAAGACAUUAAAUCUAGAAUCAUCUCAGGUUGAUCUUUUCCUUUUGUAUUCAUAUAUGCAAGUUAAACUUCUACAAGACCGCAUUUGUGAAAGUGAAAGAAAACGUUCAGCUCGUAUCAAGAGGGCCCUGUCAUCAUUCGCAUCGUCAGUUGAAGACCAAGAGCGAAUUGGGAAUGAAGUUUCUGAUCAAGUAGUCAAAAUAAAGCAUGAAAUGGAGCAAGAGCUGCAGUCAAAGGUAAAGGAAAUCAAGGCUGAAUGUGAAGCUCAGAUCACCCAGCAUCUUGCAAGGGCCACAGAAGCCCAUCUGUUGACAGUACAGGAUUUAGAGGAACAACAGGAAACCAAGCUUCAACAGAAACAUUCAGCAAUUAUGCAAGAUUUAGUUCAAACUACUCAAAGUCGCAACUACAAAGUCCUCUCAGAAAUGCAGAAGCAAAUGUCAGAAAUUGAUGGUCUUGUGAAAGCUCGAGCUGAUGCUGACCAAUCGGCCUAUAGAGCCCAAAUGCUUUGGUCUGCAUGUCAUUCGCUGGUAAGGUCCUUAAGAAGGCUGCAACCCCUCAAACACUAUGAUGAGAAGGUUGUAUCAAUUAAAGAAGAAAUUGAAGCAUUAAACUCAACAAGUUUGGAAAAUGAUCAGUUGGUCGCUGCUGUGGUUAAAGGAAUUCCUGAAGAGGCUCUUAAACGUGGUGUUUUUACCGAAGAAGCUCUUAUUGAAAGAUUUAAGAAGGUUGAAAAAGUUACAAAAGGAGUAGCUCUUGUUCCUGAAGAAGGUGGAAGUCUAUCCCUUUAUAUGCUAUCAUGGAUUCAAAGCUUCUUAUUGAGUUCUGUCAGAGACUACACCCAUUCAUCAGUGAAGCUGUCUCAAACAGUUCCUCAAAACAUUUCCACCUUGGAAGCAAUUCAGGAAGCAAGGUACUGGAUAGAUAGAGGUGACCUCCUCCAAGCUUUACGUUAUAUGAAUUUAUUGAAAGGAUAUUCUAGAAGAGUAGCUGCCGAUUGGAUUAGGGAAACUAAAAUACACUUGGAAACUUUACAAGCUGCUGAGGCUCUAAUGGCACAUGCUGUAUCUGUUGGAAUGUUGUAAAUGUUUUUCUAUGAUAUCUGAAGUACAGUUUUUGCCAUCUUGA